AUGCCUGUCGACUCACCCGAAACCCUCCAAGCAGGAGCACUAGAAGACAUUGUCAACGACCGUCGUCGGUCGUCUGUCACUGCUGGGAAAGGUCUGCAACAAACCACAGCCAUGGCUAACGACAUUGCUCAUGGCGAGCGAUAUCCCACUGCAGAUGAACUUCACGGUCCUCGUGCGCUUCGCCGAGUGGCAGCUCCUAUUCCUUGGUCGGUUUACACCGUCGCAUUUGUCGAGCUUUGCGAACGAUUCUCCUACUAUGGAACGCAGAUAGUCUACUCCAACUUUGUUUCCCGCCCCCUUCCUCCUGCUGUUGGAGGACCACCUGGCUCCAACCACAACACCGGGGCUGGUGGUGGAAGCGAUCAGGGUGUUUCUGGAGCCCUGGGCCAGGGUACCAAGACUGGUGCCGGCAUCAACACCUUCAACACCUUCUGGGUCUAUUGCGUUCCUCUGUUCUCCGCUUACAUUGCUGACGAGUAUUGGGGGCGAUACAAAACUAUCUGCAUCUCCAUUGCGAUCGCUAUUGUUGGUCACGUCAUCUUGGUUGUUUCUGCGGUCCCCGGCGUUAUUACAGACACCAGCGCCAGCUUUGGUGUCUUCAUGCUUGGUGUGAUUGUAAUGGGCCUGGGUACCGGUGGCUUCAAGCCCAACAUCUCGCCCCUUAUCGUGGAGCAGAUCCCACUGACCACCAUCGUCGUCAAGACACUUCCAUCUGGGGAGAGUGUGAUUGUGGACCCCACGAUCACUCAGAGCAGAAUCUAUCACUACUUCUACUUGUUCAUCAACAUCGGAGCAUUGAUUGGUCAAAUUGGUAUGGUCUACGCAGAGAAAUAUGUCGGCUUCUGGCUGGCCUUCUUGUUGCCGACCCUCAUCUUCCUAACCACUCCUGCUGUAAUGUUUUGGGGCCGAAAGCGCUAUCAACAGAAGCCUCCUUCUGGCUCGGUCCUGAGCAAGGCUUUCAGGACCCUGUUCUAUGCCAUGCGAGGAAGAUGGUCAGUCAAUCCCUUGCGCUUUUGGAAGAAUACGCACGAUGGCACCAUGUGGGCAUCGGCUAAGCCGUCCAACAUUCCCUAUACUCAGCGGCCAGCCUGGAUGACUUUCGACGAUGCUUUCGUUGAUGAGGUCAGACGUGGUUUUGCCGCCUGUGCUGUAUUCACCUGGUAUCCACUCUACUGGCUCUCAUACAACCAGCUCACGAACAACUUCACGCAACAGGCGGCCACUAUGACCCUCAAUGGAGUCCCGAACGAUGUUGUCAACAACCUGGAUCCAUUUGCUCUCAUCAUCUUCAUCCCCAUUUGCGACCAGUUCCUGUAUCCUGGACUUCGAAGAAUGGGCAUUCAGUUCACUGCCAUCAAGAAGAUUACGGUUGGUUUCUGGCUGGCAGCUCUUGCCAUGGUCUGGGCUGCUGUUGUUCAGUACUAUAUUUACAAGACUUCACCUUGCGGAUACCAGGCCAACGAUUGCUACAACGAUGAUGGUACCAUCAACCCAGCUCCUCUUAAUGUCUGGAUUCAGACUGGUUGCUACGUCCUUAUUGCUUUCUCCGAGAUCUUUGCAUCGAUCACCUCUCUCGAGUACGCCUAUUCAAAGGCGCCUCGCAGUAUGCGAUCCAUGAUUCAAGCUAUCGCCUUGUUCACCAAUGCUAUAUCUGCUGCCAUUGCCGAAGCUCUCACGCCUCUUGCUGGUGACCCCUUGCUCAUCUGGAACUAUGGUGUCUUUGCCGUGGUGGCCUUCCUUGGUGGCUUCUUCUUCAUCUUACAGUUCUGGAGCUUGGAUAAAGAAGAAGAUGCUCUCAACAUGCUUCCUGAAGGCAAGAUCGUCGCCGAUGCCAAAGAGAUUGAGGACGAUACUUACGCGCCUGAGCCACGCACUAUCGAGGAAAAGCACUAG